UAUCUGUCUACUAAUGAUCUGUACCACAGGGUACUGAAACCCCCAGGAGGAGGCUCCAGUAAUCUCUUUGGGAGUCCAGAAGACACCACUUCUUCCAGCAGAUCACACAAGAUGUCAUCUAACAUAUUUGGAGCAGCUGAAGGACCUCAGAACCUUCCAAAGAAAACAAACCCUCCAGGGGGGAAAGAGAGUGGUAUCUUUGAGGAGCCUAGCCCUCUUCAAGCUCGUCAGCGUACAAAUCCACCUGGUGGGAAGACAAGUGAUAUCUUUGGGUCUCCAGUGCCUGCCAGCGUUGUCCGAGCACACCCAAACAAGCCCAAGGAUAGUAUUGUCUUAAAAGAAGAGAAGGCACCACAGGAACUAAAAGUUGCAGAAAACAACAAACUGCAAGUGGAAGACAGAGUUGAGAAAAAGGAGCAACCCAAGGAGCCAGAACCUAAGAUUGAUAAUCAUGAACCCAGACUAGGGCCAAGGCCACGAUCACACAACAAAGUCCUCAACCCCCCUGGUGGCAAAUCUAGCAUUGCAUUUUAUUAGGAACAGCUGUCUGCUUUCACUAAUGGAGUCUGCACAGAAACUUUAUCUGUGGGUCUUGAGGUCAGUUUCUAGGCUGUCCCCUGGAGGCAGGGGAAUGUGACCUUUAGUUUCCUGUCUACACUCUGGAUUAGAACAGGGGAAAGCCUGCUGAUUGCAGGGCCCUCU